AUGCUUUCUGUGGGCACAUCAUCCCCUGCUUUCGUUGCUCCGCGCUUGAGACUUGAUGGGUCUCCAGGUGCGGUGCGCACUGCCCCACCAGCUUCACAGGCCCUCAACUUAAGAGCGGCUCCCCUGGCAUUCGCAGCGAAGGAUGUUGCUGCAGGGAGUGGCUUGCUUCUUGCGGCCUCAUUUGCAGCCCGAAGUGGGCGGCGAGUGGCAAGGCGAGCGGUCGACAUGCCGGUCAAAGAGCCGCCUGUGACCACAACAGUGGCGAUUCCCGGCGCCAAGGUUGAGGAGGAAACAAAGCAGAAAAGGGCGGAUGAGUACCGCCUCGUUUUAUACAACGAUCCCCUGAACAAGCGUGAGUUCGUCGCUAGGUGCUUGAUGACCAUCUGCCUGCUCAAAGAGGGAGACGCCUACCAGGUCAUGAUGAAGGCUCACAAAGAAGGAGUGGCCGUGGUUGGCACCUACUCCUUUGAAACAGCCGAGGCAUACUGCGACGGGCUAAAGUCUCAAGGUCUCAGCGUAGACAUUUUCCCUGUAGACAAGGACGAGUAG